AGCUGCUAUCUUCCCACAAAAGCUCAGGUUUUUUGCGGAUACUGCUAAAUUGUGGAUUUAAGACUUUUCUUCACAAAAGAUUGGUUCAUAUUGUGAGGUAGGGGGAAAUGUUUAAUUUAAAGUAAAUAAUCAGCCUCGAUUUACUGAUCAAGGCUGAUUAUUGAUUUUCUUCUUAAAAGCACAUUUCACAGAGGCUUAAAUAUUCUGUAAAACUAGAAAUUACUACUUGAACAAUUUCUGUUUCCAUCAUUUGUUGAAUUAAAAACCCCAGCAGCUGUUUCUAUGCCCACCCUCAACAUCACCUACAGUAUAUUUAAGCUAUGGAGCGUCUGAAGUUAGUCCUGCAGUACUUCCAGUCCAACUCUGAGUCCAUCUCCAAUGGGAUCUGUAUAAUCCUGGCCUUGGUCAGCGUCAAGCUCUACACCAGCUUCGACUUUAACUGUCCGUGCCUUCCUCAGUACAACAAACUGUACUCUCUGGGGGUGAUGAUUAUCCCACCUGUCAUACUGUUCUUCCUGGGGUUCCUGGUCAACAGACAUACGGGCGUCAUGAUGGAUGAGUGGAUGAGACCCAUUGGGAACAGAUCCAAAAAUCCUGCUGUGGUGAAGUACCUGUUCUCAGCCAUGAUCCAGCGGGCCCUGCUGGCCCCGAUGGUGUGGGUCCUGGUCACUUUGCUGGAUGGAAAGAUUUUCAUCUGUGCCUUCAGUGUGAGUGUAGACCCUGCACUCUUCUCAGGUUUGCCCAACAACACAGGUCUGGAUGUGAUCAAAAUCCUGGCCAAAGUGCCCUGUAAGGAGGACGUUAUCUUCAGAAACAGCUCUUUCCGCAAAGCAGUCUCUCGUUAUAUUCGCUGCUAUUCACAAGCAGUUGGCUGGUCCAUCCUUCUCUUCCUGAUUGUACUGGGAGCAAUGGGACGCCUCAUCAAGCCCUGUUUCGAGGACUAUGCCACCUUCCUGCAGACACGUUACUGGAGCAACUACCUCGAUGUGGAGCAGAAGCUCUUUGAUGAAACCUGUGUCCUACAUGCUCGUGACUUCGCCCGGAAAUGUGUGGUGCAGUUCUUUGAGGAUAUGAGGGAGGACACCAUACUCUGUCUUCCCCACCCACCCUUCAUCACCAACUUCCAAGAGGAGUGGGAGGAUGACGAAGAGGAGAGACUUCAUGGGUUAACAAAGCAGGAGCAGGUGGACCAGCUGCUCAACAAGUGGUACUACAAUAAACCUGAACUUGACGUGACGAGGAUUGCCCACAGACCCAGGACAUGUGUUACCUGGGAGGACUGUGAAGGGAAGACUUUAUACUCUGAUGUCUAGGAGACUGAGGUGUGUAAUUGCAGCAUGAAUUAUGUCAUGAUCAUCAGUUUAUUUACAUUAAGCUACAGCAACAUGUUGGAUGUAGGUUACUGCAGUGUAGCAGUAAGCUUUGCUAAAAUCAGUCUGAUGUCUAAGCUCAAAGGUCCACAUACUCACGAUUCAGAGUUUUCAAUUGCACAGUCCUCAUUCAGCAAAUGGAGCUGGCACAGGUGUCAUCGCUGGACCGAAUUGGGAACUUUUGGUCACAUGAUUGGUGGCGGUUUAUGGGUAGAAUUAGCCACCUCUGUCUCUUUGCUCGGUCGGGCCAGAUGUGAAUGUCCUCCCUAAUCUUUCUGCUGUCGUCCACUAACUCCUGCUCAGUGACCAUUCACCUGAUCCAGUCACAGCAUCGUGAGUGGUAUUCAUAGACAGCUGAUGUUGUCUGUUCCUGGUAUUCAUUCAGUCUCUUGAUUUUUCACUGAUGUAAUGUCCCCCCAAACCUAUCGCCACAUGAGAAUGUUGAUAUUGGACAAAUAAACAAAACCCCAGAUUAUGUUCAAUUGUGGACAUGAUGGUUGGUCAUUUGACACGACAUCACUACUCCAAAGCCUUGGACUAACAUCUACCUCGUUGCAUGUCAUAACUCUCUCUC